AUGGAUUCCCAGGAUCCGAAGGCCAACUUCCAAAUUGUUCCAAGACAAUCCGACGAUGCCCCGCCCUCUGCUCUAGACCAAGCUGGGUUCAAACAGUCGCUUAGCUUUGUCCAAGAAGUUGGAGGCCGGUUCGAGGCUAGCGAGCCGGCAAAAUAUUCGACUUUUCUGAACGUAUUGAACGAGACAAAUGUGACGCCCGUGGAAUCACAAGAAGAGUGGCAAGCUGUCAGGGCCGAGAAACAGGCUGAGGCUCGCGUAAAGCUGGAGGAACUAUUCAAAGGCCACGAGGACUUGCUGGAAAAGCUGGAUGCAUUUAUCCCAGCACUAAGCACGUGA